AUGCCGCGGUCCCUCGCCCCCGCUCCCAAGGGGAAGGGGCCCCCCGCCAUCAUCUCGCCAUCCAUCCUGUCCUCUGACUUUGCUGAUCUGGCCGCAGAGAGCAAGAAAAUUCUGAGCAUGGGGGCCGACUGGCUGCACGUCGACGUCAUGGAUGGGCACUUUGUGCCCAACCUGACCCUGGGCCCUCCCAUCGUCAAGGCCCUCCGCGCCCACACCGACGCCUUCCUGGACUGCCACCUCAUGGUCUCCAACCCCGCGCAGUGGGUGGACGACUUUGCGGCGGCGGGGGUGGACAUGUACACCUUCCACCUCGAGGCGGUGGACCCCGAGCCGGGCCCGGGCGCGGAACCCCUCCCAAACGUCUCGGCCCUGAUACGGGCCAUCCGGGCGGCGGGCAUGCUGGUGGGCAUCGUGAUCAAGCCCGGCACGCCCGUGCAGCGCCUGGAGCCCUACCUGGACGCCGUGGACAUGGUGCUGAUCAUGACGGUGGAGCCCGGGUUCGGCGGCCAGAAGUUCAUGCCCGACCAGCUGGACAAGGUGCGCUGGCUGCGCGCGGCGCGGCCGGGGCUCUACAUCGAGGUGGACGGGGGGCUGGCGCCCGCCACCAUCGAGGCCGCCGCGGAGGCGGGGGCCAACGUCAUCGUGGCAGGGUCGGCCGUGUUUGGCGCCCAGGACCCGCGCCAGGUCAUCGCCACGCUGCGGGCCGCCGUGGAGGCGGCGGCCUGA